AUGGCCACAAGAAGAAUCGGCAGGGCCGGCGAGUCCGUGUCUGACGGACUCUCGGAGACCCUCGAGCAGGCCAACCACGCAGAGCGGGCGGCCCAGGCGAGCGUUGUUACGGCUCGCAAGUACCUCCUCCAGAAGACGGCGGAGCUCAAGAAGCUUGCCAUGGCUGGAGCUCAUGGCGGCUCAGGGGGCGAGCUUGGGCGCCUCCAGACGAGGGUCAACAACAUGCAGCAGGACAUCGCCAAACUCCGCACCAACAUCAAGGAUGCCGAGGAGCGCCUGCGGGUCAAGCAGAUUUUGGCCGAGGUGCUCGAAAAGCUCCAGCUGGCUGAGGAGGAGGUGGAGAAAGUUGCCGCCGCGGCUGCGCCGGACCUUUGCCAAACUCUGAACCUGGGGGAUUUGCUGUGGAGCAGCCUUCUGCUGAAGCUGUUGCGAAGCGAAGGGUAUGUGGCCUACGAGGAUUACCAGCGGGAUUUGGACAAGUUCAAGGGUGGCAAGCUCACGGAGCGCUCGAACACCUUCCCAGCCAAGGAGCAGGACCACUUCGAUGAGUUGAGGCCAAGCCAGAUUGCGAAGAUCGGCGGUUUCCGGCGCCACUUUGUCGCGACGCAAGGCGAUGGGAGCUCGGUGCCCGAGCUCGGGGGCACCGCGGAAUCUUCGAAGAAUGUCGACAUGAAUGCGCUUGCAGAGGAAAUCGAUGUUUGGAUGCAGAAUCUGGUCUUUUUUGUUGACAGCUUGGACGUGUACGAUGAUUGCGAUGGCGGCGGCAUGUUCAUGGAGAAGACGACGCCCGAGAUCAUCAGGGAGCGCCUGUUGGCCGGCCAGGAGGCCCUGCCUGAGUUGAAGAAGCAGAAGAAGGUCUCCCUACUAAAGGCGUCCUUCAGCUUCUUCAAGUGCAUGGUCGCCACGGGCGUCUUGUUCAUCCCGCAGUCGAUGAGCAACUCAGGAUGGGCCGGUGCUGUGGUCAUCAUGCUCGUAAGUGCCCUCGCCUCGACGGCCGGCAUCCUGUUGCUCGGAUCAUGCCAUGAGGCCACCGGGAAGUCCUACCCCGCCAUGGGCCAGAUGGUUACGGGGAAGCUGGGCUUCCUGAUCUCCGCCCAGAUCGCGCUGUCGCAGUACGGCUUCUGCACGUGCUACGUGGCCUUCAUUGUGCAGCUGGUGGUGCAGAUGUACCAGCAAGAGGGGCUUCCGCCACCACCGCCUUCGCACAUCGUUCUGAUUGUCACUUUGAUCUUCAUCCCCCUUGGGUGGAUCCGACGUAUUGGUAAGAUGAAGAUCACGAACAUCAUCGGAGACGUCAUCAUUUUGGUGGGGAUUGGCUUUGUUAGUUGGGUGGCCGUCCAGCGCAUCCUGAACCUCGGGACAGCAGAGGGCGUGGUGCCCUUCACGUCUCCAGGACGUGGUAUGAUCUUUGCAGGCACCGCCGUCUUCGCGUUCGAAGGCAUCGCUCUCGUGAUCCCGAUCCGUGAGAGCAUGGCCCGACCAGACUUGUUCCCUGCCCUGAUGACUGGCAUGAUGGUUUUCUUCACCGUGCUCUUGACGGGCUUCGGCCUCCUUGGCUAUUUCUCUUGGGGGCCCAACAUGCAAACCAUCGUACUCAACGAGUUGCAGGGGUCAAGUGCGGACAGCAUCAAGAUCCUCUACAUCCUUGCUAUUGUCUGCACUUUCCCAAUCGCGAUCUCGCCCUGCUUCAGCAUUUGCGAAGGCCCCCUCUUUGGUCACAUGCCGGCCACCGAGACACGCAAAUGGCUUAAGAACGGAUUCCGAACGGCCUUGACUUUGCUGCUUGCACUGAUUGCAUACAGCGCUGCUGACGAGCUGAACAUCGUUGUGUCGAUCAUCGGUAGCUUCUGUUGCAUUCCCUUGGCCUUCAUCUUCCCUGCAGUUUUGCACAUGAAGAUUGUAGGCAGCAGGCCAUGGCUCGACAUGUUGGUGGCCGGGAUCGGCACUGUGAUGGUGCCGGUGACCCUGUAUAUGGAUUUCAGCUCCCUAUGA